ACAAGAGGUACAUUGCUCUGCCAACCAUGGAGGAAGAACCCGACGUGGACAUAGAAACUCUCAUAGAUGAGUUUGAAUAUAUUCCUGGUUAUUUCCACUUGGAAAUGAACCUCAACUUUGAGUCCUGCACCCCUCCACACUUGAGGAGAAGAGACAUCAAACUGAAGCAAGAAGCCCUUCAGUUCCAGCUGGAGGUUGACUCCAGCUUCCAGCAUUUUGGAAUCAGGAAUUUAUCGGGUGUUUUCUCCUUCUACCUGGAUGAGGUCGACAAAGCCAAGGAGAUCUUUAUAAACAUUUGCAAUCAGGACCCCAAUAAUCUAAAUGCUUGGGCAAACCUGGCUUAUGUCUACGACAAGUUGAAUAUGGAGGAAGAGGCCUCGCAGUCUGUAGAUAAGUUAUCUCAUCUGAUGGACCUGGAUACACAUGGGGAUAGACAUAUGGCUGCCCGAUGCCUGGCAGAACAGGGCUACGCUCAUGCAUUUGAUGUGGGCCAGAUGACCGAUAAAGACAACAUGGAGAAACUGAUCACAGGAAUCAGUCUGUAUGAUAAAGCUGUCACCUAUGGCAAACACAAGAUCUCCAUAGAAGAGAAAAGAAGUUGGUUUUUCACAAUGGCGUCUCUGUGUAUGAGGUUAGAUGAAAUAUUAAUAAAAAAAGAACACGCUGGAAAAAAACGGCUGCAGUUUUACAACAAGACGCUGAUGCUGCUGCGGGAAGCCGUAAAGUCAUCCAACAAUCAAUACAAAGCUUUGUCUUGGUGCUACAUCGGGAUGAUGCUGGAAAAACAACAUUCCUUUCCUACCACACCAAUGGGAAUUCAUGACUACGGAUUUUCAGGAACAGACGCCUUGGACUGCUUUAGCAAGGCCAUAGAAAUAGGCAAAGGCGACCCUCUGAUCCUAAACCGUCUGGCCAAAAUAUUUCACUUUUUGGGAAAGCAAGAAAUGGCUACUGGAAUCUGUAACAUGGCGCUGAGUGCUCUUCAAGACCCAAAACUGAACUGGCAGGCUUACUGCACACGGUCCCAGAUUUUUAUCUGGAUGUACGUGCGAGACUUGGAACGAGCCAAGUUAGGGUUAGGAGGACUGCCGGACAGAAAUCAUCUUACCAAUGCCAAAUGUGACCUGGAAAGCAUCAUAGAUGUAUACCCCUGCCUGAAAACAUAUCUGGAUAUGGGGCAAGUGUAUUAUUACAUGGGUGUGGACGCGGUGCAGGGGCUGAUGUUAAUUGACGAAGAUUCCAUAAACCAUGCUUUAGUUUGCAUCGCCAAAGCCAUGGAGUAUGACCUGGCCGACACCCUGCCUGAACUGCAGUUGCUGAAGGGAAAAUGCCUGCAAGUGAAAGGGGAGGAACUGAAUGCAAGCGAGUGCUUCAAGAAAGCCAUAGAGCUGGAGAGCAAAGGCUCCCAGGCCACAGAGACCUUCAGACAUUUAAUGGAAGCAUUACUCGGCCUCUAUGGUCAUACCAAGAUGGACGCCGAGACGCUGAUCCAGGAGGUGGAAUUUUGGGUGAAAGAAGCUCAGCAGAAAUAUGAAGUAGAGUCAGUAAGUCAAGAGCUACAGACUGUCUGCAGAAAUAACACGACGGAGAUUGUCAAUCUUUCCAAAGCAAUGAUAGCAGCAGGUAAAAUGGACUUGGUGAGGCUUUUGUUUCAGUCUAUGAUGGUGAAACCCAGAAUGAGACUGAGCAGCCGCUCCUCUUCCUUCUAAGCGGUGGCUUCUUUCAGAACACAAUACAAAAAGACUGUCCAUUAUCAUUGGGGUUAUUGUCACCAACGACAUCUCUAUGGGGUUUGUAAGUUCUUGCCAUAUUGAUGUUGGUUUGCUCUUAAUUUUCUUCUCAGAUCUGCAAAAAAUGCUUAAUUAAAGGAGUUUUCUGGGUUAUAAAUAUUGAUGACCUAAUGAACUAAUGCUAUAUGCAUUAUAUAAAUUGAAUAUGAUGUACUUGGCAAAUAUAUUUUGAUCAGAAUAAUUUGUACCCGUCCACCAUGGCAAGGUGACCUCUUUCUGGAUGGGAACCUACUCCAUAUGAUACCUCUCUCUGAACACACUGACCUCUUAAUCAUUUAGCCACAGCAGGCUACACAUGUAUACUGUGUCUUCUCUGUUUGUUACCUCUUUGCCAGCAUGCCUCCAGUGAAUUCAUGGAGAGCAGACUACAGCUAUAUAUUGGGUUAGUUAGGUGUGUGCCUUCAUCUUGGUUAGGCAUUCAUAACUAAGCCAUCCUUUCUAUAAGAUGUGUUUAGUGCAGUACACAUAGCUAAAGUGUCGGACUGGGCUGUCUAGGGCCCACCAUACGGAUACAUCAAAAUAUUACCUGCUUACACAGCUGCAAGACACUACAAGAUAAUUAACUCUGAGAAGGAGGUCUCUUGGAUUCAAGGACACUGGCCAUGCUGCCUCUGUACCUAUAAGUCAUCUCAGCCACAUGAACGUGUCCAUAAUAAUAAACUAGGGAGUUUCUUAAAUAUUCUCCCUAGUUUUUUAUAUGAACUUAGGCUGGUUGAGGUGUUGAACACUGCCUAUCUAUAUGUAGUGCAGUCAGUCAAUUGUGUUAUGUACAGGGUGUGGGAGGCUAGGGGGAUUCACCUGUACCCAAGCCUGCAGAGCCGUCUCCCUGAAUUCAUUGAAGGCCUGCUGGCACAGAGAGAGGUACCAUAAAGUGCAGACACUGGCUAGUUAUCACGACGAUUCAUUUGUUUUAAAGAAACAAUAACUGCCCAAUGAUGCACAAAAUGCUCAAUAACGGUAAGGUGAUCAUCUCAAUAAGUGUGGGUUUUACUAAAUGUCUGCUGUUCCUAAAUUAAUUAGAGGCUAGUAGGCAGAGAGGGGUAUUAUAUAGAGUAGGUUC